GGCUCAGCGCCAGGUCCUGCACGGUCUUACGCGAUGGCAAGAGAACCGGCUUAUAAUGACUAUGAGAACUUCAACGUUGAUGGUCAACAGAAGGCCAAAUGGAAUACAGGCAACCAAUUCAAGUCACUUUUUUGUGGAAAGGGGCUGGUUUUCCUCAUCCUCAUCCUUGUGAGUGUUUUCCUCAUCCUUCUGAUCAGUGGAGUCAUUAAGUGUACAGAGACGAAUGAGACAGUGGACGAGUUUCAGAAGCAGGUCCAGAUGGAAAUCUCAGAGGUAAUGAGUAACGUUUCCCACAGGACCGAGAUGAGGGAGCUUGAGCAGAGUAUUCGGAAUGAGGUGACACGUAUGAGCGCAAGAGUGUUGGAGGAGAUGUCAAGGAAGAUCAACGACAUCCUCGUCAAGAUUUCCGUCAAAAUGGAAACACUGUCAGAAUCCUCAUGUCAGAACCGUCAAUGCCCUCAUAGCUGGGUAUACUACAAUGGGAGCUGUUACUACUUCUCAACCAAGAAAGCCACAUGGAGUGCAAGUCAGCAGUACUGUUCCAUCUAUGGGGCCAAUCUCCUCGUCACUGAACGAGAGGAUGAACAGUACUUUGUCGUCUUGCAUUCUCAACACAUUCAUUUCUGGAUAGGCCUAAAUGACCACGGAAAUGAAGGCCAAUGGGAGUGGGUUGAUGGCACGGCCUACAACUCAACACCAACGUUUUGGAAUGACGGUGAACCCAACAAUGCAGGGCAUGGGGAAGAUUGUGUCCACAUUGAAAGUCAUGGAAAAUGGAAUGACAACGAAUGCAGCUCUGAGUUUCACUGGAUUUGCGAACUAAAGAGAGACUCAGCAUGAAACUCCUGCCUCAAGACUUAACUGUGGACAAACCCAGUCAACCCUGCGCCAAACUCCCCUCUGGGAUCUGAAAAACGUACAACCUGCCCGGUCGAGAGGCAGUGCAUUCGGCUCAACACAACUGUGCCGAGGCAGUGCCAGGCUGCUUUAUUGGCACAACUUUCCCUACAUUGCAACAGAACUAUUUCAUUGGCUUUGAAGUGCAUUGAGCAUUUGUGUGGAUUUGAAAGACAUGUAAACACAGGUUUUUAUCCCCAAUGCCAUUUGAUGCAAUGCAGUUAAACUCUGAUAAUCCAACACCCUUGGGUCUUUGGUGGUGCUAGACCAGCAGGUUUUCUGAACUAUUGAAUAUUAUUUCUACUAAUACUCAAACAUACUUUUAUUUCACUAUUUUCACAUGCUACGCAGCAGUAUAAUAAACUUUCCAGUGAACCAGGUGAGCUUAAAGGGAGCAAGAAACACAUAAACAUUCCGGCCCCAGACUCCCACCGCCAACCAACCUGCAUUCCUGACCUCGGAUUUUCCAGACUCCAACCCCAGCCCUGACUGUGUUCCCUGCUUAUACCCCAGACCCUGGUUCACAUUUAGCAUUUUACCGGCCUUGGUGUUUAUGUAGAGGGGCUUUCUGAAGAGAGGUGUUUGCUGCCAAGGACCUUUUUUGUCUCUGCUUAACUUGCAACUAAUACUCCAUCUCUUACUCUCAAGGUCGUCUUUAACCAUCUUCACCAGUUUACUCCUGUUGUAUUUCCAAUCACUGUGUGAAUUCAAUAGAUCUGAGGGAUCACAAUAAAGCUGCAUGGCCUUCA